UGUCUCUGUUCCUCCCCUCUCCCCCUUCCCCACCACUUCUUCUUUCUUCUCUUUGUCAGAUGGCAAAACCGUGUUUCUCUUUGGAAAACGCGCAGAGGUAGAAGAAGAAGAAGAAGAAGCCAUUGAAGGUCAAGCGUAAUAACCAGGGCAAUCUGGCUUUUCUCUGGUCUUUACCCAUUUCGUUUCAUGCCAGAUGUGAACCAGAUUUCACCUUCUUUAUCAGCUCCCACUUCAAGAACUUUUACUGUUUCUUUCCUCUGUGCCCACCUACUUCAAUCUCUCUCACUUCUUUUCUCUCUCAACAAGAACAAAUCCGAAAGAAUGCUUUCUCUCCGGUUAAGCCUAGUUGUUUCAUUGCUACUUCCCUUAUUUCCACUGCUUUGUCUCGGGAUUCGGUCUUUCCCGACGAUGGUCGCCGGCAGAGAUCGGUUGGAAAUGGGGUUCGACGGUUUGAUUCAGUUCGCCGAAGCUCCGGAUUACAGAAACGGAGCUGGGUGCCCGGUUUCGUCAAACAAGGGUUCGGCUUUGUCUUGUGAUCGGUCUCUGGUUCACAUAGCUAUGACUUUGGAUUCGGGUUAUCUUCGGGGCUCCAUCGCCGCCGUUCAUUCCGUUCUCAAACACUCCUCAUGCCCCGAAAACGUGUUCUUCCACUUCAUUGCGGCGGAGUUCGACCCGGCUAGCCCACGGGUCCUGACCCGAAUCGUCCGCUCCACCUUCCCUUCCCUCAAAUUCAAGGUCUAUAUCUUCAGAGAAGACACCGUCAUCAAUCUCAUCUCGUCCUCCAUUCGCGAAGCCCUAGAGAAUCCACUGAACUACGCGAGGAACUAUCUCGGCGAUAUCCUGGACUCCUGCGUUGACCGGGUCAUCUACCUGGACUCCGACGUGAUCGUCGUCGACGACAUUCAGAAGCUCUGGAGCGUUAGUCUCACCGGGAAUCGAGUCAUCGGCGCACCGGAAUACUGCCAUGCCAACUUCACCAAGUACUUCACCGACACAUUCUGGUCCGACCCGGUUCUUUCUCGGGUGUUCGCGUCGAGAAACCCUUGCUAUUUCAACACAGGGGUGAUGGUGAUGGAUUUGCAAAAAUGGAGAGAGGGGAAUUUCAGGAAGAGGAUCGAGACAUGGAUGGAAUUGCAGAAGACGAAGAGGAUUUACGAUCUGGGUUCGCUUCCGCCAUUCUUGCUGGUUUUUGCAGGGAAUGUUGAAGCUAUUGAUCAUCGAUGGAAUCAACACGGAUUAGGUGGAGAUAACGUGAAGGGAACUUGCAGGUCGCUUCAUUCUGGUCCUGUGAGUCUGUUGCAUUGGAGUGGGAAAGGGAAGCCAUGGGCGAGGCUCGAUGCUAAGCAACCUUGUCCUCUUGAUCGUCUCUGGGAGCCUUAUGACUUGUACAAGCCUCAGAACAGCAAUGAAAAGGAUCAACAAUGGAGUUUGUUUUCUUCGAUUCUGGUUGGGUAUUCGCGUGAUUUGUUUUGAUUCUUUGAUGUGUCAUUUGUUUACAGUUACUGUCCAGAUAAAAUAUUCUUUGAUUAGCUGUGUACAGAGAGAUGCACUAGAACACAAUUCAGGGGGGAGAGAGAGAGAUUGAAUGGAAGAGAACUUGGGGGGGGGGGGGUUUUGUUUUCAUUCUUUGUUCAGAUUCUUUGGUGUAAUUUUCACAUGUCAGAUCUCUGGUUAAUUUUUUUUCUUUCUUGUGGGGGUGGGAUUAAGUUGUUUGUCAUGGCCUUAUGGGGCCAUUGAUCAUUACAAAGUGGAGAAUAAUGAUGAUAAUAAUAAUAACAGAGUUGGCUCAUUGUUGUAUUUCAA